UAGACAGAGAGCUAAUCAGUUCUAUGAUAAACCAAUAAUAUGUCAUUACGUAAAGAUGCGGCAGAUUGAUACGAGACAUCUUAAUAUCUCGAUGACAUUGCAGCUUACGCCUGCGACAUCAUCUGCACUGUCCUUGCCGAGAAGUUAAUCAUGUCGGGUAGUAGGACUGGUUCCGCCUCGAAAGCCCUUGGCGACCCGUCUUCGCCCUCUUUGCCAGCCGUUGCCGGAGCCGCACGUAGUGACUCAGCGGAAAUGAGGGGAGGCCUUCCGAGACUGCUGGAUAAUGGCAAUGUGGAUGCCGCAACAAAGCCGCACAAUUCUGAGGAUACGAAGUUGAGUCUUGCACCGGAAUCGCCAGGCUCUCCGCCACCCGAAAGGGGUGGACCGCGAAAAGACAAACAGAAUACUAGCCGACAACUCCCGAAAAAUUAC